UGGCAAGCAAGUCGAGGUGUAGUCAAAGAUCUGAUAAAUAAUUGCUUAAAGUUUUAAUAAUUUAUACUCAAAAGUCAGCACAAUGAUUGCGAAAGUAUUAGUUCUAUUGUGUAUUUUAUCAGUUUCCUGUGCACAAAAGACCCCAGUCUUUAUCUACUAUGAGAGUUUAUGCCCUGACAGUCAAGCAUUUGUGACAAAACAACUGUACCCAACAAUGAAGGAUUUAAAGGACUAUGUGGAUUUACAUUUGAUUCCAUUUGGCAAAAGUUCAUAUAGAACUCAAGGAUCAGACACAAUAUUCGAUUGCCAUCACGGCGAAAUUGAAUGCUACGGGAAUAAAAUCCACGCGUGUGCUAUAAGUCACAUUCAAGUUGAUUCCUUCCAAAUGGAACACACGAGAGAGUCGCUCAUUGUUGAUUACAUCACAUGCUUAAUGGGUGGCGUUUUUAAAGACGAAGCUUAUGCUGACUUAGCUAAAGAAUGCGCAACGAGAACUCAAGUUAAGAAAUUUGAAUCUAUUGAGAAUUGUGCAAACAGCACUGAGGGAUCAGAUUUAUUGAAAGAAAUGGGAGAAAAAACAAACAAAUUCCAACAGCCAUUGAAAUCAGUUCCAACAAUCACAAUUCGUGAGUCAUUCGACUUACAAGUCCAACAAGACUCCCUCAACGACUUUGCAAGAACCGUUUGCAUUCAUUUACCAAAACCAACACCAAAUGUAUGCCGUACCUACAACGCAGCAACAAGCAUACAAGCCUUUACUGCACUUUUCACCGUACUUAUUGCCGCUGCACUCCAUUUGAUGAAGUAAAGCACCAAACCAUUUCUUUUUUAAACAGUAUUUAAAAUGCUUUUAGAAUCUCAUUGUGUUAUUCUAUCAUUCCAUAAAGUUAAAUGUAUUAAAAGUGACUUUUUUUCACGCACAAAUUUUUAAAAUAAAUUCAAAAAACUUAAAUAAUAAAAAUAACUAGGUUAA